AUGGCUGUACAGGAAAAUCCCAAUCUCUUUGCACUCAUUGACAUGGGCAGCAAUGGAAUCCGGUUUUCCAUAUCAGAUCUCUGUCCGCUAACCUCGAGGAUACUACCAACUGUAUUUCAAGACCGUGCGGCUAUAUCUCUCUAUGACGCUCAAUUUUUCCCGGGUAACACUGAGAGGCAGCCAAUCUCAGUCUCAGUGCAAGAGAGCGUCUUCCGUCAUCUAGUGCGAUUCAAACAGACAUGCAAGGACUUCGGUGUCCUGGAGAACAAUAUCGCCUUCCUAGCCACAGAAGCUACCAGAACGGCGAUUAACUCAGCUGAAUUCCUUUCUGCAAUUCAGGACUGUACAGGAUGGAAUGUCUCCCUUCUUUCCAAGGAAGAAGAGGGAGAGCUUGGGGCCAUGGGUAUCGCAAGUAGUCUUGCAUCAGUGAAAGGCUUAGUGAUGGACCUUGGGGGAGGUAGCACACAAAUUACGUGGAUGAUUGCUAGUGGUGGCUCGGUCCGGACGAGCACCUCGGGGCCAAUCAGCUUCCCAUACGGAGCAGCGGCGGUGACCAAACGGCUUGAAGAAGCUGAAGGAGAUCAAAAGAUCCCAGUGAUUCAAAAACUACAGAUCGAAAUGAUUAGGAAUUUUGAGCGGGCGUUCCAUGAACUGGAUAUCCCGGAUGAAUUGUGGGAUCAUGCCAAAACACAUGGGGGAUUUGAUUUAUUUUUAAGUGGCGGCGGGUUCAGAGGUUGGGGCUACUUGCUUUUAAGUCAGUCCAAAGUAAAUCCUUACCCGGUUCCGAUCAUCAACGGAUUUCGAGCAGAUUGCUCGGAUUUCAGCAACACCACCAACAUCGCGUCCCUUGCGUUCUUGAAAGGCUCUACAGUCUUUGGAAUUUCGAAACGGAGAGCUUCUCAAGUCCCAGCAGUUGCUUGUCUUGUCAACUCCCUUGUAACCGCUAUACCCCAUAUCAAAUCUAUCCAUUUCUGUCAGGGUGGUGUUCGUGAGGGUUAUCUCUUCCGAAAAUUACCCGCUGAAGUACGCGCCAAGGACCCUCUUGUCGUGGCCACAACACCAUACUCCACCACCAGCAGCGGUAAACUCUCCCUGUUACUCAAAAAUGCCCUCCCCGGUGGCUCAUUAGAGGUUGAAGGUACAUGCAUUCCUUCAUCCUUCACGGGAUACCUUCUUCAGGCGUUUACGAAUUUCAUGUUCGUACAUUCCUCCGUCUCCAAAGAAUCUCGCGCUGCUGUUGCACUCCAUAGUACUAUUUCAGGCGUUCUUGCCGCAACGCAUGGUAUCUCCCACGUCGAUCGUACCUUGCUUGCGCUUCUUUUGUACUAUCGUUGGCAGGGCGACCUUUGCCCUCCAGACGAGUCCUUUCUACACCGCCUCCAGCAGAUCAUUUCUGCAGAAGAGGCGUGGUGGUGUCAGUAUAUUGGAAGAGUAGCCGCCUUUGUGGGCGAAAUUUAUCCAAGUGGAAUAAUCACAGAGGCUACUCCCCGAGUCUCCUUUUCUACUGGAUGGUCUCCAGGGAAAAAGGGCCGCCCUAUAGUAUCUCUAAGCAUUAAAAUUCCUGACCAGCAAAAUCCACCUUGUAAUGAUGCCGAUUGGCUGACUGAUGAAGUCUCUCGUAUCACCAAGGUUGGAAAGAAAAAGAACUGGGCCAUAAUGGAGAGAGCAGGCGAGAGAUGGGGAUUGAAAGUGGACAUCUUGAUUUUGCAACACGGACAAUGA